AUGGCUACCAGCCUGUGUGAUGUGGCCCUGAGAGGCGUUUGGAAUGCCAGUACAGAGGGCCAUCAUUAUGUUGACUUGGAUAUGACACUCCAAAUGAAGUCAGGGCCUGAUAUUGUUCUCCCGGUACUUAGAUUAGACCCGGAGAUGGAAGUGGAGAUACUACAUCAAGGCACCUAUGAGCUGAAGCAUGAGCCCAGUAAUGAGCCCGAUUACAGUCUGGGCCUAUGGCCACGCGAUGAGGGCCCAGAUGAUCAUAAUGUACAGAAAGCAGAGGAAUCGGAAGGUAGUGUCAGUAUAACUUGUGAAGUACCCUCUCGGAAGUUGGUCACACGAGACAUGAGAAUAUCUCCAUCUCCAGUCAAACGGCUUUUUCCACCAAGUCCAGACACUUGUGGGGGGUAUGAUGCCGAUGACGGCGGUUUCGACUUUGAUGACAACGACAGCAGCGGAAGUAGCGCAGGGGUUAGAGGGAUUUCCAUCGAUGGCAACGACGUAUUUGACGCGUCAGGCCAUGAGGAUUGCGAGCAAAGAAUGCAAGACAGCCCUGGAAAUGCGCAGUCCAUCACUAUCAAAAGAGGCCUACAACCCCGCAGUAGCUUUCCAGAGUUCGACAUCGAUGCCGUGCAGGACAUAGAACGCAUUGACGAAAUUUCCGAUGACAAGGAAAAUGACGUCCCAAAAGGUGAAUUCGGAUACGAACGAGAAUGCAACCGAGAUCAUUUAAAUGAUAUUACUCCCAAGUGUGAUUCCACAGCAGUUCUCAUCUCCGCCUGCAGCCCUGACAAAGAGGAGGAGCCUGAUACAACCAGCCAUGAGCAUACCACACUUCAGUCAAGAGUCCCUAAUAAAACCUUUGUCAUUCCUAAAAGAACGUCGAGAUCGCCUCAGAAAGGCGCUGCAAGCAAAAUACCCAUCAAACGGAUGCGUAAAGAAGUAUCGUCGGAGUCAGACGAACCACUACGUGUAGUAAGUGUUGUCCGUCCAGAGAAUAAUCUUAGCCCUGCACAGAUCACGCAUAAGAGAAAUUCACCCCUUUCACAAAUGGUCAUGAUGACCAGAGCAAUAUCGAACGCCAAGCCUUCGGGUAUAGAACUAGAUUAUGAAGCAAAAGAUGGGGACAUCGAUACAACGAGUGUCGCAGAAUCAUCCUGUCGUUGGCCUGAUAUGAGAACAUUAGCGAUGGAAACACCAACAAAGCCUCAAUUUUCCAGGAGUCUCCCAAACCAGGGAUUUGAAAUGCAUCACAGAAAUGAAGAAUUCAUCUGGCCAGAUGAAGGCCAUAGAAGCGGAGCCAUGCCAUCCUUGGGCCAAGAUAACCCGAAUGAAGACCCCAGCAACGAUCUUUGUCUCAAACCGUCAAAGAACGAAGUGUAUUUUACCCCCGAAGAAGCAGCGUCCGGAAAUUUCGACAUUAAUGAAUUCUAUGUUGAUGAUGACGAGCCUGCAAGUAGUAUUAUCAAGGAAGACUACUCAUUUGAAGAGGAGAACAAUACUAUAGGCCUCCCGAGCCCAUCGACGGCUUCGCAGCGUAGCUUGAAGUGGCAUCGUCCUGGAAAGUUAUCGGAGAGAGAAGGUUUAGGUGAACUCCCAGUUUUAGAAGCAUUUGGUGGCAUGCUGAGAGUGCGUACGAGCUCUAAGGCUGUAUCAGCCAAUCUUGGCCUCAUUGCAACCAUACGAGUUACUUUGACAGGCGAUUUGAAACGUGAUUCGGAAAUGUUCAAAGCGUCUUUGCCAGAGGAUGACGGCCAUAUGAGCAUUCAAUGGGAAUUGAGAUUCAAACCUCCUCAAGUUGACAGAUGGGCAUUGGAUUUAUUCGCAAUGCUUCCAUUUGACGAAUGUGACCCAGAAUAUGACAGUUAUAUGUCAGAGCACCAGCCUUUGGAAGGCAGGAAUGGCCUUGAAGAGAACGAGAACAAGGAGAACCCAGAAGCGGUGCAUGGGUCCGAAAUGGAGGUGCAACAGGAGGAAUCUAAUGCAAGACGUUGUCCAUGCUGCUUAUAUCACUCAAGGCGUUCGCCAUUGGUGAAUAUAGACAGACUUAUGGACGUAGCCAAUGGGUUUGCUCAAAAAUUGAAGGGGCCACAGGUGGGAAGGGCACUCCGCCAUGGGCUGUUUAAGCCAUGUGGAAAAGCAAUUCGCCUUUUCGGAGAUAUGCUGCAAAGGUUCUGCGGGGAAGAGGGGCUGAUACAGUUUAUAGUGAGGUGCGUUAAGUUCACGAUACUUGUCCUCCUUGUGUUGUUCGUCGCUGGGUUUGAAUGUAAAACUGUCGAGGGGUCUGCAGAUUCAUGGGAGAUCAAUAUACGAUCAAGAUAUCUUCUCCCGAUGUCCCAGAAGCCUGCGGUUUGCGGCGGGAUGGAGGGUGCAGCUGGAGGACAGGCCGGGCAAUCGGUUGAUAUCGCCGGAAAAGAAGUGGCCGGUGACACAGGGCCGUCGACGGCAGCGUGGGCCGUGCUUCUACCGGACAGUGGGGAAGCAAUCAACAUUAUUGGAGAGGCAAACUCCACGGAAAACGGCUCCGUGACGACGGCCGCGGAUACUGCAUCUACCCAUGCACCAUCUGAGGCGCAGCUGGCAGCAGAGGAUGGAGAUGCACCGGUCAGCAAGCCUGAUGCCGGAGCGGAUGCGGCAGAUGAAGGAACAAAUGUCGGCAGUGGAAAGCCCGAUAAGGCUAACGACGCAAGCAAGGCGAGUCUGAGGGACAGGGUCGACUGGCUUCUUGGCUGGCGAGGGCCGCUGUUUGACUGA